AUGUUUCAUUCGUUGUUGGUGAAUAUCCACCACAAUAUUGUGCUUAUCACCACAUUACUUUUCAUUUCCCAUAUAUCACACGUUCAUGCCGCUUGGUAUCUUCCUGCAAAACUGGUUGGUUGCUAUUCACAAAUUUCCAAUGGCGAUUCACAAGGUGAUUAUCAAUUUCAAUCUUCGGGCUAUUGUUCUUCUAUUGGGUGCCCCAAUAGUCAAUAUAUUGCUAUAAAGGGCAAAGAAUGCAUUUGCUUAUCAAGCUUACCUUCAAGUUCUUAUAAAGAAGAUGGGUCGUCCAAUUGUAAUAUUGCUUGUCCUGGUUAUGAUUCAGAAAUGUGUGGUGGAUCAAGUGAUUAUUCGGUCUUUUAUGGUGAAGGUUAUAAUAGCAAUGAUGAUUCUUCUUCAUCAGACGCCACUUUGUCUUCACCCUCAUCAACUGAAAAUGGAGAUAGCGAGACCUCACCAUCAAUUGGUAACAAUCAACAAUCAUCUACUAUAGGCGGUGGAAACAGUGCCAGCUCCUCAUCGAAUGAUGAUAACGAUGACGAUGACAACAACAAUUCUUCCACUACAGGUCAAUCAACUUCAGUUGCAACUACUCAAACCACCACCACUAACCCUGGCUCAAUUGUGGUUACUACAACUAUUAGUUCUAGUGACAAUGAUGGCGGUGCUAUUUAUAGCACUAUAACUAAGAGUGUAUCAACAAAGACACAGUCAUCAUCGACAUCCUCAUCAUCUCCAACAACAACAUCAUCAUCAUCAACUGACUCAGAAUCAAGAACUGAAUCAACUUCACAUUCGUCAUCACCAUCUUCCAGUGAUACCAAAGAUUCCGACUCAAAUUCAAAUUCAAGUGGAGGUAACAAAUCUUCAGUCGGUGCUAUUGCUGGAGGAGUUGUAGGAGGAGUUGUUGGUGCAUUACUUUUAGCAGGAGUGGCAAUAUUCUUUAUCAGGAAAAGAAGAUCUCAAGAUGACUAUGACGAUUACGAUGAAGAAGGAUUCUAUAAUGAAAAACCAGUCACUGGAGGAGGAUUUGGAGCUGGAGCUGGAGCUGGAGCUGGAGCUGGAGCCGCUGGAGGAAUAGGAGGAUCAAUAUCACGAACUGUUGGAUCACACAAGGGAUCAAGAAAGAAUAAUAAACAAAAACAACCAUCACCUUUGGAUAUGCCAAUGGUUAACCCAUUCCAACAUCCAGACGACGAAUUGGUACUGAAUAACACUUCAUCUACAACUACAGGAAACCCAAGUAUACGACAGUAUCAAGUAAAUGGUGGUGCAAUAGCCGGAGCCGGAGCCGGAGCCGGAGCAGCGGCAGGUGGCGCAAACGAGUUUGUUGAUCCUAGAUUAAAUCCAAUAAUGAUGGGAAGAAAACGAUUAUCAGAUGGAUCUUUGGCGGAUGAGGCAACUGCUGAUUAUACUCGCAAGGUUUUACAAGUGGCCAAUCCUGAUGAAAGCUGA